CUCGGCUGGUGGAAGCCGAGCCUCUGGGCUCCGCGGCCGCCUCAUCCCCGAGGUGCAUUCGCACCUCCGCCGUGCGUCCCGAACCCUGCGAGCCGGCUGCAGACGCGCGGAGGACCGAGCCUGGUUCUUCCCGUUUCCUUCUGUCCCUCGCCGCCUCCCCACCCCGACCCUCUCGCUGCCUCCCUUUCCUCCUCCCCCCCCCACCCCCUCGGAAAAUGGUUCCCGCAGCUGGGCGAGAUGUAUACAUCUCAUGAUUGAUGGGAAGAAACAAGUCAUGGGCCAAAGGUCAAGAUACUUCUCUGGGAAAUGCUGCUGCUGAUGCUGCUUUAUAAAGUCCUACAAUGAGUGUUUGGUUUGGGAACGAUUUUCAUAUUUAAAAGAUUUUCAUCUUGGAAGUAAAUCAAGUGAAAAUUAGAUUCAUUUGGGAAACAUUUUCCUCCUAAUAAAUUAUACUUAUAAUGGGCGACAUGGCAAACAACUCAGUUGCAUAUAGUGGUGUAAAAAACUCUUUGAAGGAAGCUAAUCAUGAUGGAGACUUUGGAAUUACGCUCGCAGAGCUGCGGGCUCUAAUGGAGCUCAGGUCCACAGAUGCAUUAAGAAAAAUACAGGAAAGCUAUGGAGAUGUCUAUGGAAUUUGUACCAAGUUGAAAACAUCUCCCAAUGAAGGUUUAAGUGGAAACCCUGCAGAUCUGGAAAGAAGAGAAGCAGCGUUUGGAAAGAAUUUUAUACCUCCUAAAAAGCCAAAAACCUUUCUUCAGUUAGUAUGGGAAGCAUUACAAGAUGUCACUUUAAUUAUUUUAGAAAUUGCAGCCAUAGUGUCAUUGGGCCUUUCUUUUUAUCAACCUCCAGAAGGGGAUAAUGCACUUUGUGGAGAAGUUUCUGUUGGGGAGGAAGAAGGUGAAGGUGAAACCGGCUGGAUUGAAGGAGCUGCAAUCCUCUUGUCAGUGGUGUGUGUGGUAUUAGUGACUGCUUUCAAUGACUGGAGUAAGGAGAAACAGUUCAGGGGUUUGCAGAGUCGAAUUGAACAGGAACAAAAGUUCACCGUCAUCAGGGGUGGUCAGGUCAUUCAGAUACCUGUAGCUGACAUUACUGUUGGGGAUAUUGCUCAAGUGAAAUAUGGUGAUCUUCUUCCAGCUGAUGGUAUACUUAUUCAGGGUAAUGAUCUCAAAAUUGAUGAAAGCUCGUUGACUGGUGAAUCUGAUCAUGUUAAGAAAUCUUUAGAUAAGGAUCCCUUACUUUUAUCAGGUACUCAUGUAAUGGAAGGCUCUGGAAGAAUGGUAGUUACAGCUGUAGGUGUGAAUUCUCAAACUGGAAUUAUCUUUACCUUACUUGGAGCUGGAGGUGAAGAAGAAGAGAAGAAAGAUGAGAAGAAAAAAGAAAAGAAAAAUAAGAAGCAGGAUGGAGCCAUUGAGAAUCGCAACAAAGCAAAAGCACAGGAUGGUGCAGCCAUGGAAAUGCAGCCUUUAAAGAGUGAAGAAGGUGGAGAUGGUGACGAAAAAGACAAAAAGAAAGCAAAUUUGCCAAAAAAGGAAAAAUCUGUUUUACAAGGAAAACUUACAAAACUAGCUGUUCAGAUCGGCAAAGCAGGUCUGUUGAUGUCUGCCAUCACAGUUAUCAUUCUAGUAUUAUAUUUUGUCAUCGAUACCUUCUGGGUUCAGAAGAGACCAUGGCUUGCUGAGUGUACACCAAUCUAUAUACAAUAUUUUGUGAAGUUCUUCAUUAUUGGAGUUACAGUGUUAGUGGUUGCAGUGCCAGAAGGUCUUCCACUGGCAGUUACUAUCUCACUGGCUUACUCAGUGAAGAAAAUGAUGAAAGACAAUAACUUAGUAAGGCAUCUGGAUGCUUGUGAAACCAUGGGAAAUGCUACAGCUAUUUGUUCAGAUAAAACAGGAACAUUAACAAUGAACAGAAUGACAGUUGUUCAAGCUUAUAUAAAUGAAAAGCAUUAUAAAAAGGUUCCUGAACCAGAAGCUAUUCCACCAAAUAUUUUGUCCUAUCUAGUAACAGGAAUUUCUGUGAAUUGUGCUUAUACAUCAAAAAUAUUGCCACCAGAGAAAGAGGGUGGAUUGCCUCGUCAUGUUGGUAAUAAAACUGAAUGUGCCUUGUUGGGAUUUCUUUUGGAUUUAAAACGGGAUUAUCAGGAUGUUAGAAAUGAAAUACCAGAAGAAGCAUUGUACAAAGUCUACACCUUCAAUUCUGUUAGGAAGUCCAUGAGUACUGUCCUAAAAAAUUCAGAUGGAAGUUAUCGGAUAUUCAGCAAGGGUGCAUCUGAGAUAAUUCUGAAAAAGUGUUUCAAAAUCUUGAGUGCUAAUGGUGAGGCCAAAGUAUUCAGACCAAGGGACCGUGAUGAUAUUGUAAAAACUGUGAUUGAACCAAUGGCAUCAGAAGGCUUGAGAACCAUAUGUCUUGCGUUCAGAGAUUUUCCAGCAGGAGAACCAGAACCAGAGUGGGAUAAUGAAAAUGAUAUUGUCACUGGGCUUACAUGCAUUGCUGUUGUGGGGAUUGAAGAUCCUGUGAGACCUGAGGUACCAGAUGCAAUAAAGAAAUGUCAGAGGGCUGGAAUUACUGUGCGAAUGGUUACUGGUGAUAAUAUUAAUACUGCCCGAGCUAUUGCGACCAAAUGUGGAAUAUUACAUCCUGGGGAAGAUUUUCUGUGUCUAGAAGGUAAAGAUUUUAACAGAAGAAUACGAAAUGAAAAGGGAGAGAUAAUAAUUGUGCAGUUUGGUGGAAAACCUUUCAGUUGUUCAGAACUUUCAAUAGAACAAUGGCUAUGGUCAAUAUUCCUAGGAAUGGGAACAUUACUCUGGGGCCAGCUUAUUUCAACAAUUCCAACUAGUCGCUUAAAAUUUCUAAAAGAAGCUGGUCAUGGAACACAAAAGGAAGAAAUACCUGAGGAGGAAUUAGCAGAGGAUGUUGAGGAGAUUGAUCAUGCCGAGAGGGAGUUGCGACGUGGCCAGAUCUUGUGGUUUAGAGGUCUGAACAGAAUCCAGACACAGAUUCGAGUGGUGAAUGCAUUUCGUAGUUCUUUAUAUGAAGGGUUAGAAAAACCAGAAUCAAGAAGUUCGAUUCACAACUUUAUGACACAUCCUGAGUUUAGGAUAGAAGAUUCAGAGCCUCAUAUCCCCCUUAUUGAUGACACUGAUGCUGAAGACGAUGCUCCUACAAAACGUAACUCCAGUCCUCCACCCUCUCCUAACAAAAAUAACAAUGCUGUUGACAGCGGAAUUCACCUUACAAUAGAUAUGAACAAGUCUGCUACCUCUUCAUCCCCAGGAAGCCCACUACAUAGUUUGGAAACAUCACUCUGAUUGUAAGCUGAAUGUUAACACACUAGCUGCAUUGUAAAGAAACAAAUUGAAACUGGGUCUUUUCACAUAUUGUGAUGGACAAGAUAGUAUUCUUGUCUUUGGACUUCAACAGAAGACACACUUGUACGAAUGUAGAUUUAUUUUUUUAAAAAAAAAAAAAAGCAAAGCUUUCUGCCAGACUGAGGGUGCUUUUUGUGGGGUGGGAGAAAUGAACUGACAGAUAAACAGUAACUCAGUAUAAGUGACCUGUGGAAUGGUCCUAAACAGUGUAUUAGCAGAACUUUAGUUUUUCUCAGUCCUUGAUGGGAGAGAGGGAGGAGUAAGCUGGGCAAGACAAAGAGCCCUGGAUCAUUGAAUUGAUACUUUCAUUUCUGCUGUUGGCUGUUAAUAAUUUGGAUUAUUUAUGUUUAUAAAUGAUACAGAUCUGUUUACAAGGUUUGUAGAUACUUUUUUUGUUCCUGUUCAUAGAUGGGAAGCUUCCUUAUAACUGAUGCAAACAAAAAUUAGUCCUUCAAAUACUGCUGUAUUUUCAGGAAAAAAAGGGGGGGUGUUUCUAUUGAAACUGUACUAAAUUUUUGCCUACAAUUUACCUUGUUAAAUAUUGUAGAUAAAUUGCUAAUACUAAUAGCCAAAUAGAUAACACUAAUGCUUUGUUUAAAAAAAGAAAACAAAACAAAAAAACAUGAGCAGUGGUGUUCUAAUAAAGUUAUGGCAUCUGUCCUAAUUAGUUUCUUAAAUACAUUUACUACUUAAUGGUUUUGAAACAACUGUUUAAUUUUUAAAAUUUUUGAAAACUUGCUAAUAACCUUUUGUUCAAAAUUUAGUAGAUUGUUUAAUGCAGGACAUCAACUACAUAAUGAAAGAUGCUUGAAAUGCUUUUGUUAUUUCAGGCAAAUCAAAUUAAAUCAAACUAUCAAACUACAAGAGAACCUUAGUCCUUUUUGUUUUUGUCUAAAUAUGUUAGUUUAGUGAUGUCUUGGUGAACUGUGAGUGAAUUGUAUUGAUUUUUCUAAUAAAUCCUUAGAGACCUUCAUACAGCAUGAGGGCUGUUGGCAUUUUGAAAAAGGUUAACAAGUAGAAGCAUACAUGUUUUUCUUUCUUUUUUGAACUUGUUUGUAAACAUAAAUAAAAAUGCCCUUUUACUAAAUAAAUACACGGCAAUGUUUUUUUAAAAAGACAUUUCAGCUUCUUUCCUCAAUUCUGCAUAUAAUGGUGCAUCAGUCUUUUCUCUUUGAUCGCAAUUGGAAUAAAUUUCAAGAUGGUAACAGCCCCAUGAAGUACUGCUUUAAUUCCUUGUUGAUAAUCUAGUAGAAUCAGAAUACAAAAAUUACCACAACUUACCUAAAAUAUUAUCUCACAUUUUUAAUUUUUUAAUGUAAUCAUUGUCUUUUAUUAAGUGGCCAAAAAACAGAUUAGGUAAAAUGAGAGUAGGUGAAAAGUAGAAAAGCUUCUAAACAGAUAUAUUUAGAUAUAAUAGUUAACUAUAUUCUAGAAUGCCCGUUUCUAAACCAAUUAGAUUCUUUAAAAACUGUUUCUGUCCUGUCUACCUUUUCCUCCUGUUUUCCUCUUGUCUUUACCCUUUAAAAAUUGGUAUUGUAUCAGGGCCCAGAUUUCACCAGAUACACAAUCCUCAGAAUGACAUAGAGUUUACGAGGACUACUACAUCCUAGAGUGCUGACCCAGAAAAGAAAUGUUAGUUGAUGGUGCUUGAUAUUUUUGAUGGGUGGGGGAAAUCUUUUUCUCUCCAUCAGUUCUUUGCAGUAAUCCUCUGCAAGACUUAGAAAUACAAUGGCUCUGUCAGCAUUUAUCAUUGUACAUUUACUCAUCAGGUAUUUAUAGUGAUUCAUACUGUAAAAAAAAGAGGUAGCAUGAUAUGCUGGAAGCAUAUUUAGACUAGGAGUCAAGACGUGGCUUCUAGUCCUGGUUUUUGCCAUUAAUGUUCUGCAUGAUCUUGGGGAAAUAGUUUACCUUAAAUGAGGGUGGUGGACUAGACUCAUCUUGAAGAACCCUUUCAACUCUAAAAAUUGACCCUAUUAACUGAGGAAGCCUAUAAGGCAUAGGGAAUAGAGAAAAGGGAAAUGUUUUCAGUUUUCUUUUUUUUAUUUUGGUUAUGCUUAAAUAUGAAUGUACUUACCAAAAGAUUUAGAAGUGCAUGUGCUUUGGAGGAUUUGUAUUGAGCUUUUACAGUAUUCAUUUUCAACUCAAGGCAAUGGCUUUUUACACCAACUCUAAUCCAUAAACCGGUCUUAUGACAUCUAUGAAGUAGUAGCAAGACAUGCUUAGUGUGUAUUUCUCUCUUUGAGACACUGUAAUUUCUACCAGAAAUUUCCAGAGCAUUAUGUAAGUAGGAAAAAAAAUGCAAGCAAAGCUGUUAAAGAUCUCAGAUUCCAUUAUAUAUUAUGUAUAGCUGAAAUCAGCAUCUGUAAUUGAAUCACUUUUUCUCUUUAAUCCUCUAACCAAAAAAAAAAAAUGUUUAAUUUUGCAUCCCAAAUGUUUUUAAUCUUUGUAUAUUUUUUAAAAAUCCUUUUCUCCUCAUCAUUGCCUUUUUUGUGGUUGUAAAUAGACUUACUUGCACUUUGAAGAUGAGUUACUCCUUGUCAUCUUACAAAUAUGUGAUAUGGUAAUUUUCAUAACAGAUGUCAGUUUUGAACCAAGAAAUGGUGAUUUGUUUAUAAGAAAAAAAAACUGACUUCAUUUCUGUGAAAUUGCUCUUUGAAAAUUUCUUUUUCCACAUGUAAGCCAACUGAGAUACCGUGAUGGUGUUGAUUUCUUUUAAUGAUGCUUACCAUCUAUUUUAGCCACUGAGCCUUUUAUUAUUUGUCUAUUUGUAAAGUUUAUUUGUCUUAACUCAUUUAAUAAAUAUACUGUUUAUCUGUUUCUGAA